AUGUUUAAACAAAUAUUACGAACUCCGUUAGUUUUCAAUAGAUUUCAGACAUAUUAUACCAAAUUAGUUUAUUAUGAUCCACUAGUAUUAACAUCAUUUAAAGAAACAACGGUAAAGAAUUGCAACUUCAUCCAGUGCACAGCUACAGAGCUGGAUGGAGGAGCUAUUUUAUCAUUUGGACCGAUUUUAGUGUCCGAUUGCGAAUUUCGAAGCUGCCAAACUCUCAAGCAAGCAGGAACUGUUAUGUCGCAUAUGAAUUCUACCAUUGAAAGAUGCAUAGCUCUUGAUUGUGUUUCAUAUUCAGUUUGUACUUUCUGCACGGAUUCAACAGAAAACGCCCUUUCAGUUCUAUCCCUGAUAUCAGUUACAAAAGGCGACUGCAAUCGUGAUGGAAUUAUUAAUUCUGGCAUUGAUGUUGAAACUAUUCACAAUGAUGUCAAUGUCAGCGAAUGUACGACAGAUGGAACAUACUGUGGAUCACAAAUAUUCAACAAAAAGUUUACUGCUACUUAUUGCAAUUAUGUUUCAAAUUAUCAUUCGUAUUAUUCAUCAGGAAUCGGCAUGGAACACAUAUACGAUGCAUUAAUAGAGUCUUGUUUCUUCUAUAAUUGCACCAGAAAGCAAGAACAUCCCUUUGGAGGCUAUUGUCUUUAUUUUGGAGAUACAUCAGCUGGAGCAACAGUCAAAGGAUGUUCUUUCGUGCAUGCAAGAACUCCAUCUAAGUCAUCUGUAUAUUCUGCUUACCGUCCUGACAAGCUUACCAUUGAAAAUUGUUGUUUUUCUGAAAAUCAAGAGAGAGAAAAUUGGGAUUUCCCUUAUAAAGACUGCCAAUUCAAUGCACAUUGCAAACUAGAUGCAAAUGGAGACCAUGAUAAUGAUGGGCAGCUCAUUCCAACGAAAACUGUUUUAAUUCCACAUGAUCUCAAAAUGAAACCUUUGAGAAUAGUAGUUUUAUUCAUAAUUCUUACAUUGGUGACCAUCAAUGUUUCUUUAUUUGUAUAUUCCAGGUUCAUUAGACCUCCUGCCAAAAAAGUUGAGUAA